UGACGUCAUUGGGUUUUGAGAAAGUUAUGAAAACGUACCUGUAUGAGAAACGACAAACACGACGUAAGAACAAAAUCAGCUGAUUGCAAAUUAAAAAAUAGAAUUCACCACCAAUUGCAGGCAGCCCUAGUUAAGAGAAAUCACCUGUUAAUCCAAAUCUUUGUCUAUUCCAAAGUACCUAAAUAGUACCGAGCGAAUUCGGAACUCGUGCUAUAUUUGAGAAUCAACUGGAAUGAGAAAUAAUUUAGAAUCAACUGGAAAGAGAAAUAAUUUAGAUUCAACUGGAAAGAGAAAUAACUGAGAAAAGAAAGAGAAACGAAAUAAACAAAAUGAGGAAAAUGGGAGACCGUUUAAAAAGAGAAAAGGUAGAGAAGAAACCAGAAAUAGAAAAAAUAGAUGGCAAAGAGGAACUAAACAGAGGAGAAAAAGUCGAGAAAAAAGAUAGCAUAGAGAAAAAACAAAGCAUAGAGAAAAUAGACGAAGACACCGAACGAGUCAGAAGAGACACAGUAGAGAGAAAGGAAACAAUGGAAAUAGAGAUUACAAAAACUAUAGAUAGCAUAGAGAAUAUAGGAGGAAAAGAGAAAACAGGUAUCAUAGAUAAAAUAAAUGGGAACGAUAAACUAGAGAGAAGAGAAGAGAGAGAGAAAAUAGACAUUAUAAAGAACAGACAGGAAAUAAAGAACACAACAACGAAAAUAUAAAGAAAAUUGAGAACACGGAGAAUAAAGAAGACAUAGUGGAAAUAGAGAACACACAAACAAACGAAGAAAACGUAGAUAGCGGAGAGGGAAAUGAAAGCAUAGACAACACGGAAGGAAAUAACGAUCUUGAGAAAAAAUAUGGCUUAGAGAAGAAGAACGAAGAACUUGACAGUGGUAUGUGGCAUGCAGAAAUAUUAAAGACAAUAGAAAUAGAGACAAGCGAGAAUAUAGAAAAAAGAAACAGUAAAGAGAAAAUUGAGAAGACAGGAGUGCUAGAUAAAAGAGACACACAAGAGAGACAAGGGGGUAACUUUAAUAAAAUACAACUUUUAGAGAAACUGCAAGGUAUAGAGACGAUUAGAGAAGAGGGAUUGGACAAAACAGAUAGCAUAGAGAAAUUGGAAAGCACAGAGAGAAGAGAGGGAAAUGUUGAACUAGAAAAGAGAUGUGGCCUAGAGAAUGUAGAGGGAAAAGAACUCGACAAGAGAGACAAUGCCGAGAAAAGCGAUGAUAUUUUGAUUAUAGAACUGUUAGAGAAACUACAAAUAGGGCAAAGAGACGGAACACAUGAACUAGAGGAAAGACGUAGCAUAGAGAAGAUGCAUGUAAUAGAACGGAUGGAGAAAAUAGACGAGAGAGAAGAGGAACUAGACCAACAAGACACAAUAGAGAUUGAAGAGAUUAAAGUCAUAGAGAAAAUAGAAAGCAUAGAUAACACAAAAGUGAAUGACAAUUUGGAGAAACAAUAUGGCCGAGCGAAGGGACAGGAGAUAGAAGAACUUGACAAGAAAGACGAAACGGAGAGACACGAGGAUAUUGUCAAUGCAGAACUAUUAGAGAAAAUAAAAAUAGAGAAACGUGACGGAAGAGGAGAAGUACAGGAAGUAAAUAGCGUAUACAAAACAGAGGGAAACGAAGAUCUAGACAAAAGAGAGAAUAUUGAGACAACGGAGAAAACACAUGACGUAGAAGUAGAAGAAAUAGACAAAUCUCAGAAAAUACAAGACAUAUAUAGCAUGGAGAAAACCGAAGAAACAGAAAGCAUGGAGAAAAACGAAGAAAUGGAUAAAACACAGAAAAUAGAGGUAGAUAGUGUAGAGAAGAAAGAAGAAAUAGAUAGCAUGGAGAAAAUAACCAAACGAGACACAGUAGAGCUAAUGUAUGGCGUUAAGGACAUUGAAGUCAUACAGAACAUAGAAAGCGCAGAAAAGGUAUACAAGGAGGGACUAGAGACACGGUCCACAAUAAAGAGAAAAGAAGAAACUGACAACAUAAAAAGCUCGGAGGAAAUGAAAAGCGUGGUAAAAACAACUGAAAAAGAAGAACUAGAGAAAACAGAGAGCGUGGAAUCAAGAAAAGGACACGAAGACUCAGGCGUACAAUAUACAACAGAUGUAAGAGCAGCAAUAGAGAAAAUAGAGAGCAUAGAGAAAACAGAGAACAUAGAGAAAAUAGAGAGCAUAGAGAAACUAGAGAAAAAGGAAGAACUAGAGGAAAUAGAGAGCACAGAGAAAUUAGACGGAAAGGAGGAACAGGACACAAAAGACGAAACGGAACUAAACGAAGGACUAGGGAACAUAGACAGUGCGGAGAAACAGGAAUAUAUACAGGCGGUUAUAUCUGAGCUGGAGAACACGGAGCCAACAGACUGUGCCGAGGACUUGGAGACACCAGAAACCGGAUCUGACGUUCUACUGAACAGAAACCUGACUUCUUGUCCACGGGGAGCCUCGAGGAAAGGAACGAAGAAAGGUGUGAGACAUCGUGAACAACCCGACCAGGUGGUGCCUAACUUACACGAUCCAACGACGGGCAAGGACAGACUGAACAACGCACCGCUGGGCGAAGCUGGUGCCCAGGACAGACAGUCGGAUGCCGGUGGAGACAUGGCGACGGACCUGAAACAGAUCUGUGAUGCUCCAAAGGAAAAGGACGAAGUCAGUCGGGGUUGUUUCUGCUGCUGAAAAUAAAUGUAUAAAACAUAAUAUUAAUAAAAAGAAAUACCAAGCCAAAA